GGGAGAGUCAGAGAGGGGAGGAGAGGGAGAGAGAAGAGGGGGGAGACACCGACACACCGACAGCAGCCCUCAGACCGCACCGUGGAGCAGCCGGCGGUCCAGUGCGCUCCUCACCAGCGCUUUCUGACGCACCGUGCGCGCUUUGGAUGAUUGGAGCGAGAGGAAAAAGGUCAAAAAGAAAAGAGAGGAAGCGGCUUCUGGAGCUACCUGCUGCUCUAACAGUAGAGUUACCCGCUCAGGACUGAAGUUCCAACCACCUGCGACAGUGAGGAUUAAUCCAGCUGAUGGGAAAAACGUUGUUUGUGCCAAGAAACUCUCCAAGGUGCGCCUUUUUCACACUUUAAAAACAAACCUGCUGUGAUGCGUCUUGGGAACUGAGGAACGCAGCUAUUUGGAGCUCUGCAGCUGAGAGAGAAGACAGUUAAUUUAAAGCUUAAAAAACAGAAGAAGAGGACGAAUAAAAGGGGCCGGACGGAGCUGGAUAUGGAUGGUGUUGUCGGGUCGCCGCAGCCUGCAGCUGGGACGCGCUGUGCGUCUGAGCCGCGACGUUUCUCAUCAUGAUACGUGAUCAAAAGUGCACCUGACCGCGAAUGUAACAUUACCUGAGGCCAAUCCACACGGAUCUACUAUGUCCUCAGCACAGAGCAGGAAGUCGACUCUGUUCCAGUUCCUGACCUUCGUCCUGCUGCUGGUGGCUCCCGGCUGCCUGUCGUCCCCUCAGAGGACCUCUUGGGUUUCUGCGUGGGGUCCUUCUGGUGAGGCUUCAUCAGAGCGUCCGAUUCGAGCACGACGGCAGCUCCACUUCAGGAACGAGUGGGCGACGUGGGGCGGCUGGUCGGUUUGUUCACGCAGCUGUGGGAGUGGAGCUUCAGUCCGGACACGAACCUGCAUCACCAGGAACCCCGUAGGUGGACCAUGUACAGGAGAUCCCAGACAAUACAAGAUCUGCAACACCAAGGAGUGUCCGUCCGGCUCGGAGGACUUCAGGGAGAUGCAGUGUGCUGCCUUCAAUGACAGACCGUUGGUGGCUGGAAACUCCUUCAGAUGGACGAUGUUUCAUGGAGGCUCUAACCCCUGUGAACUCAGCUGCCUGGCUCUGGGUCACAACUUCUACUACAACUUUGGCCGAGUGCUCGACGGAACGUCCUGCAGCAAGGAGCCGGGAGCAGUUUGUGUCAACGGACGCUGUCUGAAGCCCGGCUGUGACUCCAUCUUGGGCUCGAAGCAGCAGGAAGACGCCUGCAUGGUUUGUGGAGGACACAACACCACCUGCCUGCACCACAAGAGUGUGUACCAGAGCAACGGUCUGGAGGCAGGAGGGCCGUUUGGAUACAACGAAGUGGCCAUGAUACCGGCUGGAGCCACUCACAUUCGAGUCACCGAUAACAGCAAGAAUUAUCUCGCCCUGCAGAAUGGUCGAUCCCAGUUUGUGAUCAAUGGGAACUGGAAGAUCAGCGUUCCUGGAGAGUACAGCGUCGCCGGGACCAAGCUGCUGUACAGACGUUCAGCAGAUACCUGGGAGAGCUUCGAGGUGUCGGGACCCACCCAGGAAGAUCUACAUCUGAUGGUUCUAUCGACAGAUAGGAACCCAGGGAUUGAGUACGAGUACUGGCUGCCUCCGGACCAGUACGACCUGUACCAUGGGAGGAGUCCACUGCGUCAGGCUCACCACACAGCAAGCUACCUGCCCUGGGAUCAGCCCACCACCACAACCACCACCACCACUACUACCACCACCCGACCUCCUCCAACCAGCACUCGACCCCACUGGUAUUUAAGACCCGUAAAGCCGCCGCGUCAAACUCCUCACCACAACCGCCACCAGCGUCCUCAUCAGCCCAUCCUGCCUCGUCUGGAGCGAGAGGAGAACCACAGGAACCUGCUGCCUCAGCCUUCACCUGGACGGCUUUGUGGGAAAUGCCAUCGAGUUAAAGGUCGGAGGGAGCGCCAGAGACAGUAUUGUCAGAAGGACUUCGUUUUCAGAGGCAGAGUCCUGGGGAAGCUGUACCGAGGCGAGGAGACCCGGUACGACGUCCAGAUCAUCCACACCUACCGGAACCGCUUCCGCCUCGAGCACCGGGAGUUCCUGUGGGUCCCGAACGUGUGCGACUGCCCUCAGCUGGAGGUGGGGAGGCAGUACAUCAUGAUGGUGCGACGUCACAUCAACUACGAGCGCACGUUGAACCGCAUCCUGCUGGAGGAGGACAGCUACGUGGUGCCGUACCGACCCAGAGAGGACGAGCUGCUGCGACCAUUAGAACGGCUCUGCAGCAACACCGGACCCAAACAACCUGCAGAACUCAGAGGGUAAACAUGGAGAUGCAGAGAAUGAAGCUCAAACUGAAGCUUCAUCCACUUUAAAUCCUCCAUUUCUGGACCUUCAAAGGUUCAUCAGACUGCUUGGGAUGGGUGGUGAAUCCAGAGAGGCCUCGCUGGAAACGGAUGAAGCUAGAAAGCCUCUUUUUUUAAAAAAUAAAAACUCGCCACAUUAAGAAACCAAAAAAAUGUUUAUUUAAAAGCCUUACUGUACCAUGUAGAGCACUUUAGGUGGAGGCUUGUGUCCACCUUUAAACACAAACCAAAGAGAAGAACAUUGACUGAAAUGGCCUUUUUGUUAAUGCUGUUUAGCCACAGCUACCAUUUAUUUUUUAUAUUGCAUUUGCGUGUGUGUGUGUGUGUGUCUGUGUGUCAGCGCGUGUGUGUUUGUGUGCGUGUUUGUAAACUUCAAGGAAAAAUCCACCUUCAAAACAAAGACUUUGAAUUCCACUCAGCAGAAUUUAGACUUUCUUUCUGCCUUUUCCUGCCUAAAUGUAUCAAGACGUUGCACCAACCAAUUCCAGCAACUCAGCAGAGUUUAUACGGCAGGAAAUAAAACAUCAGCAGCAAAGAUUGAUGGGUUUUUGUGUCACUCGGGCCAACUCUGAGUCAUAAAUUUGUCAAAAAAAGCGUUGCUUGUGAAGCUAAUCUAGCUAGCGAGGAUGCUGCCACCACAAAAUUAUUUAGUUUUUGCUUUCUAGGGUCACAAAAUUGACAUUAUAAAACAUUAAAACCACCUGUUUGAUGUUAUGGAAGUCCCCCAAUAACAGCUGUAACCAGUCAGAUCAUAGAUGCGUUACUUCUGGAGGUGUCUUUUGGUAUCUGGCACCGGGAAAUUGCCGUCAAAACCUUUGGAUUGCAGUGUGGAACCACCGUGGAUCAGGUUUGUAACGAUGCAUCCCAUAGAUGCUCACUCAGAUCUCAAUCUGUGGCAGUUUGGAAGCCAGAUUGAUUCCCAGAGCUCUUGGUCGUGUUCCUCAAGCUGUUCCUCAGCAGCUUUAAUGGUGUGGCGGGUCGAGGUACCUGCUGCCUUUCAUCAACAUUGUUAAGUGUGAAGUCUGGAAAUAAUGUGUAGUUAGGCAAAUUAAGAUUCAUAGACGUCACACUACGACUUUUUUGCUGCUUGAUACAAAACAAAACUCACAUGGUUCUCAUUUUCUGUGACUAAUCUACAGGAAAAGUCUGACUGAUGACACAUUUAAAGAGUCUGUUGAUGUGCAGACUCCACAUGUGCACAAAGAAAUGCAACAUCAGCUACAGAUUGGAUGGGGCUGACCUCGCAAUUGUUGCCAAAUUAUGAGGCAUUUAAUUUAUUUGACAAUUUGAAUCAGCACCACAACGAUCCGUAUGACCAGUGCAAAGCCAGAUCUGAUUAUUUUGCAAUGUCUUUGCCACUUUUACACCAUAUGAGAAAGAGCUUUUAUCAGCUUUUUUAUAAUUAUUCCUGCUUUUUUAUGGAGAUGUAGUCAGCUUACAAAGUAGCCCAAUCAUUCGUGAAGGAUUAAUUCUUUUCAAAAAAGAAUUACUCAGGUUAUCUGGUGUAAAUUUCAGUAUUUUUUCAUAUUAGUGCCAGUUUCUUCCAUCACUGUGCAGCUCCGUCAGGUGUCAAACACAAAUGUCAGGAGCCAAGCACAAAAGUGUUUGAACAAGGUGAGAUGUUUUUACCUUUGUGGUGUUUUGGUUUAGAUAAAAUAAUUAACAGUAUAACACAAACCUGCACUAUCAUUAUUUUUAAUGAUAUUAAAACUUGGAAAUGGGGAAAAAUGGUUUGAAAACCAGCAGCUCUUCCCAUUAAUUGACUCUGUUUCUGUACUAUAUUUGCAGAAAACAGCCCAGAUAGUAAUGCUGUUACUAACUUUAACUAUUCUAGCUUCACAUCUGUAAAUCAGCAGCUGAUUGCAACAACUGUAGAUACAUUUUUAAGUAAUAAAGUGUUCUGGAAAAUAUAUAUAAGCAGAAUUAAUGUGCCAAAACUGAAACAGUGAGCAUUACAGACUGACUGCAUCAGACAGUGGAUUUUUCUUCAAUCUCUAACUCAUGAUAUCUAACAUAACGCUGCUUUACAAUGUAUUUAUGUGUAAAAAUAAGCUUAAAUCGUAACACAUUACCUGUGUGUUGCUUGUGUGAUGUCCUUUGUAGUGUCUGCGUUGCUUAUUUGUAUUUUUAUAGUGUGUUAAAUCAGGUCUGCUCUUUGAUAUUUUACAUGAAAGAUUUUUUUGGAAUAUACAGUAUUUUAUUGUGUGGCACUGAUUAGCUACAACAGUAUACUUUGCUUUGCGACAGCUUCCUAUUUGUGCCUUGUGUUGCGCUUUUGAAUUAUCACAUUUGCUCUCAAACCUCAUAUCCAUGUGCCAAAAGAGUUUCUUUUAUGUCUAUGCAGUGUUGGAAUAAUGACGGUUUUUACAUAGAAACGGACUGAAGAAGUUCACAAUUUGGAAGUCAAGUAAAAUAAUAAGACACAAAAACAGUGAUUUUGUAAGAAAACAGUGUAUUUACAAAAAUCUUUACAUCUACAACAAAUGAAACACUAAAACAAACUGCAGAUAAUAUAAAUGUACAUGUAUUUUUUUUUAACUGUGCCAGAUUACUGCUCAUUAACUGUACAGAAGUCAUCACAGACACUCAGCUCAGUUUCAGACAUUCUUGGAGUAUUUGUUAUUCUUGGAUGGAUGGGAGCUUUUUUAGAUUCACAAAUACACUUUAGCGUCUUGUAGACUUCAUUAGACAGAAAGUUUCUAUCCCUUCUGACACGGGCGUAGAUUUCAUUUGAACAUUUACCCAUUUUCGCCUUUUCUGCACCAAUUUAUGAUGCAAAUCUCUUUAUUUAUGUCAAGGAAAAUACAGAGUGCAGGACAAAUGAGCAACUAAAAGUCCUUUGUUUCUACUUUUAUGUUCCUAUUUGAGGAUCAAAUGCACAUUUUCUCAAUAUCGAGCAGAAAUCUACGCCUAUGACCUCUGGAAUAGCUUUUUUUCUGUGUUUCGUUUUGACCUCCUAAUCAAGUUUUUAACACUGAGUAACAUUUGCAAAACUAAAUUUAAAUUUCACAGAUUAAUCCUAUCUGGACUUUAAUGAUGAAUGUGGAAGCGGAUGAUGAGCUGUAGGGCAGCAAAAUGAGAAUUUCUUUCUCACUGUAAAUCAAAUACAAAGUCCUUCUUCUUGUCCUGACCUUUCACAGCAUCGUAAAUUUGUGUCACUCUCAGAAAUCUUCUGCUACUUAGCAUUUAAAAGUCUGUUUCAUUUCUGCUCCUGUGAUCUCGGACACUUCAGGUUUAGCUUGGACACAUGAAUAAAUCUUGGAGUUGCAGGUGAGAAUCAUGAGCUGAAGUGUUUGAAUGGAUUAAAAGAUGCAGUUGAAUUGGUUUUGUUUGUAAAUGUUCUGGUUUGUAAAUGUCAGCACUAAUUGAAAUAAAACUCACACAACUAUUCUGUGUAAAUACA